AGUGAUUCGUGGAAGUUUCCUGGACGAGAGAAAGAAGAGUGGAAAAUCAAGAACUUCUAAGAUGGCUUUUCGUAGAAGAAAUAAGAGUUACCCUUUCUUCAGCCAAGAGUUUCUCAUUCAGAAUCACGCCGACAUCGUCUUUAGUCUGGUCAUUUUCAUUUUGAUUGGACUGAUGUUUGAGACAACAGCGAAAACGGCUAUUUUAUUCAUUCAGCCGCAGUAUAACAUCAGCACCAUGACAGCAGAUGGAGAAGUAUCUCUUUAUCAUUAUGGAUGGAAGGAUUGUGCCACCGUUCUCUUCUAUCUCUUCAUCACCAUAAUUCUUCACGCUGUGGUGCAGGAGUAUGUUCUAGAUAAAGUAAACCGGCGUCUCCACCUGUCGAAGAGUAAAAACACAAAGUUUAAUGAAUCUGGGCAGCUAUUUGUGUUUUACCUGGUGUCCAGUUUAUGGAGUCUCUAUGUCAUCGCCUCAGAGGGAUAUAUUUUGCAUCUCAGCAGCCUUUGGGAUAAUUACCCUCAUGUACACCUGAGGUUUCAGGUGAAGUUUUUCUAUCUCACUCAGCUGGCGUACUGGUUUCAUGCGCUGCCUGAACUUUACUUCCAGAAAGUGAGAAAGGAUGAAAUCCCUCGUCAGCUGCAGUACAUCAGUCUCUAUCUGUUACACAUUCUGGCUGCGUAUCUGUUAAAUUUGACCCGAGUCGGGCUGGUUUUGUUGUUUCUUCAGUAUCUCUCUGAAAUGGGUUUCCAUCUGUCCCGACUCUUCUACUUUAUUGAUGAAAACCAACAUAAAAUGUUUGAGAAGUGGUCCAUUGGGUUUGUUCUGACCCGUAUGAUCACUCUAACCCUGAUGUUCUUGGCUGUUGGCUUCGGUUUGGCUCGUUCUGAAAACCAGACGCUUGAUUUGGAAACGGGAAACUUUAACACCCUUUCUAUCAGGCUGCUGGUGUUGUUCUUGGUGUGUUUCACUCAGUCGUGGCUGCUCUGGAAGUUCUUCCGCUUCCAGCUGAGCCGAACACGCGAGCUGCGACUGGAGCAGGCGGCCCGGAAAAGAGCGGCCGCUAAACAACAGAUGCAGCAGCGCACGCUCAAACGUGAUUCAGUUGGCCACCAUGAGAACGGACUGAUCAAAGCAGAGAACGGGAUGUCACCUCGUCUGAAGAAGAUCAAAACUCCUUAAACUUCAUCCCCAUUCCAACGCUUGGCCUCUCCACCCCGAGGGCACAGGAACGGGAAACAAUUCAACAGCCUGCAGCUUCCUGUUUCCAUGUCAAGAGAAGUGAAUGUGCUGUUUCUCAGAGGAAGUGACAUCACAGCGGCACACUCAACAGACUCUUGUCACUAUACUUCUCUUUAUCAGUUUCAGUAUUCAUGUUAUUUCUUUUGCCUAUGCAGUCUGUCUUUAUUUAAGCACUGUUUUGAGGUUAGUUUCGUUUUUCUGCACGUCACGAGGUACAAAAAUGGUGACUACGGUGGCCGAGGAAGGACACUUAUUGAGAUUAUAAAAUGUAAUCGUGUUACUGUGUGGCUUCAAGAGAUUCCAAACGUAUUCUGGGUUUGUAAUGAACAAAAGAUUUCGAUGAUUUUCACAAUGCAACAGAACUGGCAGAAGACAACCCAUGUUUUGGUGCGGUUUGAGGUAGGAACAAGCAUUGUAUUAGUGAAAUAAUCCUGGACGAGAUCGAAUGGAGACCAACACUCACUUUUCUUUGAACUAUUAAAUGCCGUUUAUAGUUUCCCACGAUGCUUUGUAAGUUUAUACAGUUUGAUAUGUGAUUGAAUGACAAUCCUUUAUAAAUAUUGAUUUCGUUUUUGUUGUUGUUGUAAAAAUGGUUUGAGUCUGGUCUUUUUGCAGAAAAUCUGCACUGCCUGGUCAAAAAAAAGUCGCCGUUUGGAUUUAAAUAAGCGGACCCCUAAGAGCCUAUGAUUGGAUCAUUAUUGCCAUGAUUAAUAUGUUUCAGCUGGCAACCAUUCUUUUAACCUUACUGAUGCAGUGUGAAGCUUCUCAUUUCUUAAACAACCAUGUCUGGAAGACGUAUCCCAUGGUCGUUGAAAAUAUGUUUCUAUUUUUCAGAUUGGGCAAAUUAUUGGCCUAUGUAUUGGCAGUGACAUACAUUUUGUGUUUUGCAAAGUUUGCUGCUUCAGUAUUUGUAGAUAAUUUUUUCACAUGUUUCUAUGGUAUACUGGAAAACAAUGAUAAGUAUUUAAUAUGUUUUAAAGGCUUUUAUUGGCAAAAACAUUCAAUAUAUGCAGAGAGUCAAUAUUUACAGUGUUGACAGUUGUUCUUCAUAACCUCUGCAAUUCGCUCUGGCAUGCUGGAUAUCAGCUUCUGGGCCAAAUCCUGACUGAUGGCGAUCCAUUCUUGACUUAUUAGUGCUCGGAGUUGAUCACAGUUUGUGGGCUUCUGUUUGUCCACUCGCCUUUUGAGGAUUGACCACAGGUUCUCUAUGGGAUUAAGAUCCGGGGAGUUGCCUGGCCACAGAUCCAAAAUUUCAAUGUAAUGAUCUCCGAGUCACUUCAUUAUUACUCUUGCCUUGUGACAUGGUGCUCCAUCAUGCUGGAAACUACACGGAUCAUCACCAAAUUUCUCCUGGAUCGUUGGGAGAAGUUGCUCUUGCAGGACAUUUUGAUACCAUUCUUUACUCAUGGCAGUGUUUUUGUGCAGAAUUGUGAGAGAGCCCACUCCCUGUGAUGAAAAGCAACCCCACACAUGGAUGGUAUCAGGAUGCUUCACUGUUGGCACGACACAGGACUCAUGGUAACGUUCACCUUUUCUUCUCCGGACUAUCGAUUCUCCAGAUGUCCCAAACAGUCAGAAGGGGGCUUCAUCAGAGAAAAUAACUUUUCACCAGUCUUCUGCUGUCCAAUCCUUGUAAUUCCUGCAGAAUUUCAGUCUGUCCUUGAUGUUUGUCUUGGAGAGAAGUGGCUUCUUUGCUGCCCUUCUUGACACCAGGUCAUUGUCCAAAAGUCUUCGCCUCACUGUGCGUGCAGAUGCACUCACACCAACCUGCUGCCAAUAUUGAGCUCUGCACUGGUGGUGACACGAUUCCGUAGUGGACUCCUCAGGAGGAGACAGUCCUGGCGCUUGCUGGACACUCUGGGAUGUCCUGAAGCCUUCUUCACUGCAGUUGAACCUCUACAUUUUACAUUUAUUCAUUUGGCAGACGCUUUUAUCCAAAGCGACUUACAAAAGAGGAAGAACAUCAGCGAAUCAUCUUAGGGAGACAGUGGUACAAAAAGUGCCAUAUUACAAAGUUUCACUAUCAUCAUAAUAGUAUACAAAACAGAUUUAAGUGCAACAAGAAAUGUAAAUAUUUUUUUAUUUUUUUUAUUUUUUAUUUAUUAAUUUUUUUUUAUUGACCGGUUAAGUGCUUUUGGAAAAGAUGUGUUUUUAGCCGUUUUUUGAAGAUAGAGAGUGAGUUAGCUUCCCGGAUCGAGUUGGGAAGGUCAUUCCACCACCGUGGUAUGAUGAAACUGAAAGUCCGGGAAAGUGUUUUGGUGCCUCUUUGUUUUGUUACGACAAGGCGACGUUCCUUAGCCGACCGCAGGCUUCUGGUGGGAACGUAGCUCUGCAUAAAUGUUUUUAGGUAUGCUGGAGCAGACCCAGUGACUGUUUUAUAUGCCAGCAUCAGGGCCUUGAAUUUAAAACGUGCAUGAACCGGCAGCCAGUGGAGAGAGACAAAGAGUGGUGUAACAUGUGCUCUCUUAGGUUCAUUAAAGACCAGACGUGCUGCUGCAUUCUGGAUCAUUUGCAGAGGUCUAAUAGCACAUGCAGGAAGGCCUGCAAUGAGAGCGUUACAGUAGUCCAGUCUAGUUAUGACAAGGGACUGAACAAGCAGUUGUGUGGCAUGUACAGAGAGGAAAGGUCUUAUCUUCCUGAUAUUGUAGAGUGUAAAUCUAUAAGAUCUUGCAGUUUUUGAAAUGUGGUCUGAAAUUUAGCUCAUCAUCAAUGGUUACCCCUAGAUUUCUGACCUCUCUCCUUGAAGUUCUUGAUGGUUCUUUCAGGUGCAAUAUUCUUUGCAGGAAUGUCCUUGAAUUUGAGGCUAUUGUGAUGCAAAUCGAUGAUGGCUGCACGUCUUUCUUUAGAGGUAACCACUGCUAACGACACAAUGAUUGGAAGCACUACUUCCCUCCUUUUAUAGCAAUCAGUCUGCUCUUAUAAUCCAAUCAGAAUGAUAGAGUGAUUUCACCUGACUAGUGCUCGUUCACACUUUCCCAGGUGCUGCUGAUAUUAUUAGUGAAAUGAUGUUAGCUGGUCAUUUUGUGCCAGGGCCAAAAAACUGAAAUUUGGGAUUUUUUAAUAAAGUUCAUUUUUUUUUUUUGGCAAAUUAAGCUUUUUGCAAUUAUUUAAAAUGCAUCUGAUCACUCUGCACAAUAAUCUAGAAACUAUGUGAAUCAACACCACAACAACCGAAGCGAGAAAAAUUUGCAAAACACAAAAUUUAUGUCACUGUCAAUACUUUUGGCAAUAAAGUGAUUUUGAUUUGAAUGUUCAGGGUGCAUGAGGAAUUAUUUUCACACAUUAAUUGGCCACCACCGAGUCCUGACCUUAACCCCAUUGAAAGUCUUUGGGAUGUGUUGGAGAAGACUUUACGGAAGUGAUUCGACUCCCCCGUCAUCAAAACAAGAUCUCGGGCAAAAAUUAAUGCAACUCUGGAGGUUAAUACAUUUUGUGAUAUUGCAUAAGGUUAAUGCAACUAUUCUGCAAAUACCACUACUAAUGCACGCCGUAAUCAAAGCUAAAGGCAGUCCAACAAAAUAUUAGUAUGCAAAUUUUUUCUUGGAAAGGCAGUGUUUAUAAAUAUGAGCUGUUACUGUUGCUCAACUUCUGGGUUUGAU